AUGGUAACUAUGAGAUCUAUGAUUGCUCUUCCUGCUUCUAAAGGCUGGAAUAUAUCACAAAUGGACGUAUAUAAUGCAUUCUUGCAAGGGAUUUGUACGAGGAAGUGUGUAUGGAACUUCCUCAAGGUUUUAGGAGAUAGGGAAAGACAAAGUCAUGAGAUCCAAAGAAGGGAUUCUAUUGAAUCAGAGGAAAUAACGUGCUCUGAUUUGGGAUUGAGUGGUGCUAAGCCUGUCUCAACUCCCAUAGAUCUCAACCAGAAGUUCACUUCUUCUGAGUUUGACAGACACACUGGCACUACAGGUGAUGAAAUCCUGACAGGUGUGAGUGAAUACCAAAGAUUGAUUGGUAGGUUGAUCUAUUUUACUAUCACACGACCAGACAUUGUGUUUGCAAUGCAAACUCUCAAUCAGUUCAUGCAAGAGCCCAAAAAUUCUCAUUGGGAUGCUGCUAUGAGAAUUGGGCAAGUUGUCCAAACACACGAAGGACUGUUUGCUGAACUUGGAGUGCCUAUCAAGAAACAUGUGGAAGUCUGUCGUGAUAGCAAGGCUGCUCUCCAGAUUGCAGCCAAUCAUAUCUUCCACGAGCAUACCAAACAUAUUGAGAUCGAUUGCCAUUUUGUGUGCGCCAAGAUCAAACAAGGUGUACUUAGCACACAAUUUGUGGGGACUAAAGAUCGGCUAGCUGAUCUUCUCACUAAAGGUCUUGGACAGUUUCAGCAUGCAUUUCUACUAGGCAAGCUUUGA